AUGGCUGCGCAAUCAAAGCCUGAGAUCUCCCCCUGGGGCCGCGCUGUCGCUGGAGCUACAGGUGCUGUUCUUGCGAACGCGCUGGUCUACCCCCUUGAUAUUGUCAAGACUCGUCUUCAAGUUCAAGUCAAGCCCGAUCCUUCAAAAGGCCCUUCCUCAUCCGAUGAACCACACUACACCUCGACAUGGGAUGCCAUCUCGCGUAUUGUCGCCGAUGAUGGAGUCAAGGGCCUCUAUGCUGGCAUGAAUGGCUCUCUCAUUGGUGUCGCCUCAACCAACUUUGCCUACUUCUACUGGUACACCAUUGUCAGGACCCUGUAUCUCAAGUCUCGCAAGACAGACGUCCACCCCUCCACCGUGGUCGAACUCGCUUUGGGUGCUGUCGCCGGAGCCAUUGCCCAGGUCUUUACCAUUCCUGUUGCUGUUGUUACCACGCGCCAGCAGACGGCAAGCAAAAGCGACCGCAAAGGUCUCAUAGACACCGCUCGUGAGGUCAUCGAUGGUCCAGAUGGUGUAUCGGGUCUCUGGCGCGGUCUGAAGGCCAGUCUCGUCCUUGUCGUCAACCCUGCCAUCACUUAUGGCGCAUACGAGCGACUAAAGGACGUCCUCUACCCUGGCAAGACCAACCUGAGACCAGCGGAAGCAUUCUUACUGGGAGCCAUGUCCAAGGCGCUCGCAACCAUUGCUACUCAACCACUUAUCGUGGCUAAAGUUGGUCUUCAGUCCAAGCCUCCACCGGUCCGAAAUGGCAAGCCCUUCACCAGUUUUGUCGAGGUGAUGAAGUUCAUCAUUGAGCACGAAGGUAUCCUGGGUCUUUUCAAGGGUAUUGGACCGCAGAUCUUGAAGGGGCUCAUCGUCCAAGGCAUCCUCAUGACCACAAAGGAGAGGGUUGAGCUCAUGUUCGUACUUUUGAUCCGAUAUAUCAAAUCUAUUCGCCUUCAGAAACUCGGCAAGACAGCUGAGAAGACUGCAGCUGCAGCCGCCGCACACAGCGUUGCGGCUAAACCCGUCACAACAGCAUAG